AUGGUGAAAAAACUAAUAAAAUGUAUCAAUAAUAUUUAUUCAUUAUUAGUGCUGGUGGUGAAUACUAUAAGCAAAGACAAAAAAUGGUAAAGUGGAUAGAAUAAUCUGAGAUUUAGAUAUUGGAAUUAAUCUACUUCAGAAGGAAAGUGCAAUAAACAAGGUUUGAGAGUCGGAAAGUGA